AUGUCGGGAGACGCCGGUGAUCAGGUCCGGUCGGAGGCCACCGCGGCGGCGGAUGAUGUCAACGCGGCCGUGCAAUCCUUUUUGAGCGCGUCCGGAGCGCCUGGGAGUGACCUGGAUAAGAGUCAACGGCGACGCAUCGUCGACGCCGCGAACAAGCUCAUCGCCGCCGUCAAGGACCCUGCCGACGAAUGGCUUGAUGCAACAGCACAGGUUGCGCAGUUGGGUGCAAACAGGCUGUUCUGGGAAUGGAAGGUAUACGAUCAUAUCCCGACAGAGGGGAGUAUUUCGUAUGGCGAUUUGGCGACAAAGGUUGAGGCUGAAGAGUCGUUGAUAAGACGAAUCGGAGGUGUUCUCACGUCUCUGGGCAUUUUGGCACAAGUUGGCGAUGACUCUGUCGGCCAUACUAAGCGGUCUCGCAUCUACUUAGAGGGCCAGCCAGCUGGCCAAGUUGUCGGGAUGACAUGGGAGAACGGGAUGGUGCCAUAUGUACAUAUGCCAGCCUACUUCGAAAAGUACGGUCGCAAAGAGCCGCAGACUCUGAACCACGUCCCGGGGACCUACGCGUACGGCACACCCGAAUUCGGGUGGUACGAAAUGUUGCAAAACGACCCGCCGCGUAUGCAGCGAUUCUUUCGCGCCAUGGGACCGAUCGAAGAGAAAAUGCCUAUAGCCGGCGUCUACGACUUUGGAUGGGUGGUCGAAUGGGCAAAGGCGAAUCGGACGGACCGGGCAGUUUUUGUGGAUGUCGGCGCCGGGCGGGGCCAAUCUAUCAAGGCUAUCCACCGGGAGAACCCCGACUUGCCGUUGGAUCGGUGCGUGUUACAGGACCGCCCGGAGGUGGUUGAGGCUGUGAAGCAAACCGACGACGAGGAGAUGAGGCUCGUGAGGAAGCAGGCUAUCGACUUCCAUAAGGAACAACCCGAGAAAGGUGCUCUGAUUUAUUGGAUUCGGCGGUGUCUGCAUAACUACGGCGACAUCAUCGCCACAAACAUGCUCAGCAUCAUCGCCGACGCCAUGGCCGACGACAGCCGUCUGCUGAUCCAGGAAGACGUCAUGGGCAACCCUCCGCAUUACACAUCGGCGAUGCUCGACUUCAUGAUGCUUACUUUUGGUGGUAAACAGCGCUCGCUCGAGUGCUGGACCGAUAUCCUGGGCCGCGCCAAGCUGGAGAUUCGGAGCGUAUCGCGGGGUCAGGGUCCGUGGCGGCACUUGGCUGUGAUUGAGUGCGUCAAGGUCGGGCAGAAGUGA